AUGCCUCCAGCGACCCUCAACCUUCAGAUCCCCUCGCUUCAUGACUCACUUCUCCUCGACGCGCGGAUCUACCUCCCUGCGAUAUACAUGAGCCCUGUAGCGGGCGCACCGUGGAAACGGAAGGUUGCGGUGGUCGCGCAUCCAUAUGCACCGCUCGGAGGGAGCUAUGACGAUCGUGUUGUGUUGCAGGUUGUGAGCUUGCUGUUAAAGAUGGGUUGGGUGGUUGCAAGCUUCAACUUCCGAGGUGCAUGCGGAUCAAAGGGAAGGACCACUUGGACUGGGAAUGCAGAGAUAGAAGACUACAUAUCUAUUGUCGCGUGGGUUCUUACAUACGUGCAAUCACUUCCGCCGCCAGAAACCCCAGCUUCUUCGCCUACUGAAAAGCAGGAUGUGUCUGAAGAACCCCAAGAGGAGGUCAUCUCACUACUAAUCGCCGGCUAUUCAUACGGCUCGUUAAUAGCAUCACGUCUCCCAUCCACAAACAAACACAUAUUACCACUUAUGAAUCUUCCUCCCAGCGACCGACCUGCAUUCGCAAAUGCAAUAGACGCAGCCCGCCGUUCAGCGCGGCGAUGGAGGGACAGCCAUUCUAGUACCCGAACUUCGUAUUCGGGGUCUUCGGUAAACAGAGCUGAUGUACUCAAGGCUGUGCAGGAUAAAGAUUCGUCAUCACCGGUUAAGGAGCACUGGGAGGAUAGGGUGAUUAAAUGGAGGGUCAUUUCGAAAUACCUUUUGAUCUCCCCGUUGCUGCCGCCUGUUAGUAGUUUCUUAAUAGGGUUUGGACAGGGGGGGAAGAAUUCGUUAACGGGGUGGACGAAGGGCUUAGUUGGGAUGGGGGGUCAGGGUUUAGAUGGUGUGGUAGAAGAAGGGAGAAAGGGUAUUGAUGAGCUGGGGACUAAGGUAUUGGCAGUUUAUGGGGAUGGGGAUACAUUCACAAGCGUGAAGAAGUAUCGAAAGUGGAAGGAAAAGAUGGGUGGUGUUAGUAAAAGUUGGAAAGGUGUAGAGAUUGAAGGCGCAGGGCAUUUUUGGCAUGAGAAUGGGGUUCUUGAAGAGCUGGAAGAGGCAGUUAUGAGUUGGGUUGGUUAA